AUGCCAAAGUCCUACAAUGAAUGCUUCAGCCCCUCCACCUUCCUCCUCACCGGCAUCCCUCAGCUGGAGGCAGCCCACGUGUGGUUCUCCAUCCCCUUCUGCCUCCUGUACACCGUCGCCGUGGUGGGGAACUGCACCGUCCUCUUCAUCGUCAAGACCGAGGCCAGCCUCCACGAGCCCAUGUACCUCUUCCUCUCCAUGCUGUCCGUCAUCGACCUGGUCCUCUCCUCCUCCACCAUGCCCAAGCUGCUCAGCAUCUUCUGGCUGGACGACCGAGAGAUCGGCUUCCACGUGUGCCUGCUGCAGAUGUUCGUCAUCCACUCCUUCGCCACCAUCGAAUCCGGGACCUUCCUCGCUAUGGCUUUCGACCGAUACGUCGCCAUCUGUGCUCCCCUGAGGCACAAGACUAUUCUGACGCAUCGAAUCGUCGCCCAGAUCGGGCUGGCGGCCACCCUGCGGGGCUUCCUGUACAUCUGCCCUCUACCCCUGCUUGCCAGGCGGUACACGUCCUUCCACACCAACGUCAUUGCUCAUUCCUAUUGUGAGCACAUGGCUGUGGUCAUGCUCUCCUGUGAGGACAUCUCCAACAGCAACCUUUAUGGUAUGAUAAUCGGUUUCUUGGUGCUUAUCGUUGACUCUCUGUGCAUUGGAUUGUCCUAUUUUCUCAUCUUCCAGGCCGUGAUUAGCUUGGCCACCGCGGAGGCCCGUCUUAAGGCCUUCAGGACGUGUUCCUCACACAUCUGUGCCAUUCUGGCCUUCUACAUCCCCAUCGCUGUUUCCUCCCUGACUCAUCGGUUUGGCCACAAUGUGCCUCCCCCGGUGCACAUCCUCCUGGCCAACCUCUACCUCAUCAUUCCGCCCGUCUUGAACCCCAUUGUGUAUGCAGUCCGGACCAAAGAGAUCCGACGGAGGCUGGCAAAGAUGUGGUCCUUUGGCAGGGGAGGCGUCAAAAACCUUGUGUAA